AUGGAGCGAAUGACACUGUUUUCACCGCACAUCAUACUCGGUCUGGUCGUUGUGGUCGGCUAUCUCGCGUACCUGGCCUUCACCACAGGACGGAGACCCAAAGACUUUCCCCCUGGGCCUCCCACGAUUCCAAUUCUCGGAAACAUCCAUCAGAUGCCUACGCGAGAUGCACCUUUGCAAUUCGAGAAGUGGGCUCGCGAGUAUGGGCCAGUAUAUAGCUUGAUGCUCGGCACGAAGACCAUGAUUGUAUUGUCGAGCGACGAAGCCGUGAAAGAGUUGCUGGACAGACGAAGUGGCUUCUACUCGGACAGACAAGAGAUGUAUAUCGGACAAAAGCUCUGCAGCGGUGACAAUCGCAUGUUGAUGAUGGGUUACGGACCACGAUGGAGGGGUUUCCGCAAAAUGUGCCACGCUCUUCUGAACAUCCAGGCGGCCAAGUCAUACGUUCCAUACCAGACGCUCGAAAACAAGCAAAUGUUGUAUGAGUUCCUCCACAAGCCCAACGACUUCAUCAAGCACAUUCGACGCUACUCCAACGCCCUGACCACCACCAUGGUCUACGGCUGGCGAACGCCUACCUAUGAGGACCCAAAGAUGAUGCAACUGUUCGAAGGCUUCUCGAAGUUCGCCGCCAUCAAUCAGACGGGCGCAUCUGCUCUUUUCGAAUUCUUCCCUAUUCUCAGACGGAUCCCUGACUUCCUCUCUCCCACAAAGCGGCUGGCCAAGGAGCUACACCGCCACGAAAGAGAAUUAUAUCUAGGUCACUGGUUGAAUGCCAAGGCAGCCGUCAAAAACGGGACCAUACCCCCUUGUUUCUGCGUCGGCAUGGCCGAGGCCCAGAAGGCCGACGGUUUCAGCGACGACCAAGCCGCAUAUAUUGGCGGUACGCUUCUCGAGGCAGGCUCUGACACGACUUCCAGCACCUUAGUCGGCUUCGUAUUAGCCAUGCUGCUCUAUCCAGAGACUCAGAAGAAGGCCCAGGCUGAAAUCGAUCAACUCGUCGGAGAUCGGCUACCUACCAUGGAGGAUGAACCUCAUCUCCAGUACGUCCGUGGCGUCAUCAAGGAAAGUCUUCGGUGGGCACCCACCACACCCCUAGGAGGUGUUCCUCACGCCGUCACAAAGGACGACGAGUACAUGGGCUACCGAAUCCCCAAGGGCGCUGGAGUUGUCAAUAACGCAUGGGCUAUCCACAUGGAUCCCAAGAGACAUCCAGACCCGAGGAAAUUUGAUCCAAUGAGGUACGCGGAGGAUACGCAGAGUCUCUCGGAUUCAGCGACCAACCCUGACGGCACCAAGCGUGACCAGUUCACGUUUGGUGCAGGCCGUCGUAUCUGCCAAGGCAUCCACGUUGCCGAACGAAGCCUCUUCCUCGCCGUGUCUCGUAUCCUAUGGGCGUUCAACAUCGAGCCGGCGAAAGACGAUGCGGGUGACCCUAUUAUCCCCGAUCAGGAAAAGUUCACUCAGGGAUUUGUGUGUAUGCCUGAGCCAUUCCCUGCGUCCAUCAAGCCUCGGUCCCAGGCAAAAGCUAAGUUGGUGGACAAGGAGUGGUUCGAUGCCGAGAGGGAAUUCUUGGAUCCCGACACAAAGCAAUGGUUGAAGACACCGCCUGGUGUGUUGGGUAGUGACAAGGCAUGA